AGGACACUUGAAACUGUAUCAGAGCUUACUUACUGACCCGUGUGCUUGAAAUCUGUCUUGAGUGAAAUGCCUUUGAAUCCCUCGGCCGGUUCCUUCAACCCCAAUGCGUUCGUGUUUGUUCCGGGUCAAGUGGCUCCAUCCGCCGCAACCGAGAAGCCUGCAGAAGAGGCUUCUGAAUCUUGGGAAGAGGAAGCAAAUGUUGAUGUCAAAACUGCUGCUCCAGAGGCCCCAGAGCCACCUAAAGAGAAGACAGAUCCAGUCGACAGUGCUACUAAGUCAACGUCUGAAUUGAAGAUCAACGACGAAGAAUUGAAGGCUGAGCUUGCCAAGAUGAAAGCUGAGGGUCUCCUGGAAGAGGAUGAGGAGGAAGAGAUCAUUGAAGGGAAAACGCAAGAAAGACCGCAUGUCCAAGGCAAAACUCUGAAACGCCAUUUGAACAUUGUCUUUGUGGGACACGUCGACGCUGGCAAGUCGACCAUCAGUGGCCAUAUCAUGUAUCUUUCCGGACAAGUUGAUGAGCGAACAAUGGAAAAGUAUGAAAGGGAAGCCAAGGCCAAACACAGAGAGAGCUGGAAAUUUGCGUGGUGUAUGGACACAACUGAUGAGGAGCGUGCAAAAGGAAAGACUCAAGAGUGUGGCAGAGGAGCGUUUGAAACUGAAGCGAAGAAUUACACAAUCCUCGAUGCGCCUGGUCACAAGAACUUCGUUCCUCACAUGAUCGGAGGUGCAGCUCAAGCGGAUGUUGCUGUUCUCGUGAUCUCUGUCAGAAAAGGAGAGUUCGAAGCAGGUUUUGACCGUGGUGGCCAAUCUCGUGAGCAUGCUGUGCUUGCCAAGACUGCUGGAGUCAAAACCUUGAUUGUCGCCAUUAACAAGAUGGACGAUCCUUCGGUCUGUCUGGAGGGCGGAAUUUGGGAUGAAGCUCGAUACAAGGAAGUUUGUGACAUCUUGGAGCCUUUCCUGAAGCAGACUGGUUUCAACACCAAAACCGAUGUCUUCUUCAUGCCCGUCUCUGGAUUCACGGGUGCCAACUUGAAGACCAGAGUUGACACUAAGAUUUGCCCCUGGUACAACGGGCCUUCGCUCCUCGAAUUUCUGGACCAGCUCCAACCGGCUCAGAGAUUCUUUGACUUGCCUCUUAGAUUUCCCAUCGCAGAUAAGUACAAGGAGAUGGGAACUUGUGUGAUGGGCAAACUGGAAGCCGGAACCAUCCGCAAGGGUGAGAACCUCGUUGUUCUUCCUAACAAGACGAGUGUGAGUGUAGAAGAGAUUUUCGUUGACCACAAGGAUGGCUCGAUCGAGCUCAGUGAAGCUUUGCCUGGCGAUAACAUCAAGAUGAAGCUCAAGGGAGUUGAAGAAGAAUCUCUCCGUCUUGGGUUUGUGAUUUGCCGUCCGGAGAACAUGUGCCGUCCUUGCCGUUGGUUCGAUGCUACCGUCCAGAUCCUUGACUACCCCACCAUUAUCUGCGCAGGAUACUCUUGCGUUCUUCACAUCCAUUCUGCGAUCGAAGAAUGCACUUUCUACAAGUUGAUUGGGAUCUUGGACAAGAAGACCCGCCAGAUCAAGCAGAAGGAUCCCAAGUUCUGCAAGCAAGGAGACUCGGUUAUUGUUCGAGUCAAGAUGCAUCGUAGCGUCUGUGUUGAGCGAUACAAGGACUUUUCGCAGAUGGGAAGGUUUAUGCUUCGCGACCAAGGCAACACGAUCGGAGUCGGCAUCAUCAACGACCUUAAGUUCCCAGAAGACAAGAAGAAGGAGACCCAAGGCUAAGCUAGACGCUCUCGCUGCUCUCUAAGUGUAUCUGAGUCACGGCUGGAUCUGACAUCAUCGUUUGGAGCCUAGCGGAGAUGAAGGACCAAGAUCACUCAUUCGCAGGUUGCUGAACAAGUGCUAGUCAGAUUGCAGAAAAUAUCGACCCAUUUUAUCCACGCUGAGCUAUCGUUGUUUCAGUUGUGUAUCGGUACUUGUGUGAUGCUGUUACUUUUGAGAUUAAAGGCCAACAGCAAAUAGUAUCAGGC